GUUGUAAUAAUGGGCAUCACGAGCUUCAUUGAGCGUAUGAAGAAUUGGACAGUGUCGCGUGUUUAUGGAGUUCCGCAAAAGUCUGAUGAAAAUGACCAGAAAAUGAAACGAUUUCCCAAUCUCGGUGAGAAUAUACAGCGUGUGGUCCAAACGCCACAGUUCGAGCAGGUGCUAAAUGCCGCAUCACCCUUUCUGUUGGCCAGCAUGGGUGCCUGGCCGGGAUAUUGGAUAUAUAGAGGACUCGAUUAUCACUCGCAUAGGGCGCACAUACCGUUGCCUAUCUACAUUAGACAGACAUUUUACCAGGCUAAACUGCUGCAGCUGAUCAUCAUUAUGACUGGUAUCCUGACUAUUGUAAAGAAUCAGAAGAACUUGCACAUCUUUCCAGAUAACGACAACCGAAACGACCCCUAAUUCGUCAAAUCGUAAAUAACUGCACCUUCAUUAUCAAUUCUCAAUUCACUAAAUUUAUAAUAAUAAUAAUUUACGCAAAUUAGUAAUGGCCCAUUGCAAAAGCUCGAAAUCAACAAUAAAUGAAAACCCAGAUACAAA